CGUUCCCAAAUCCCUAACGCCUCCAAUUCCGCCACCCGUCGUUCUCUCUAAGUACCUCUGCCGUGCCUCGCCGCCGUUAAUGGGUAUUUGCAGUUCUUCGGAAUCUGCCGCCGUUGCCACCGCUAAAUUGAUCCUUCACGACGGAAGUCUGCAGGAAUUUUCGUAUCCGGUUAAAGUUUCGUACGUUCUUCAAAAGAAUCCGUCGUGCUUCAUAUGCAACUCCGACGAAAUGGAUUUCGACGAUGCUUUGUCAGCUAUUAAUGACGACGAGGAGCUUCAGAUCGGACAGCUUUAUUUUGCGCUGCCAUUGAAUAGGCUGAGGCAGCCGCUUCAGGCUGAAGAAAUGGCGGCAUUGGCUGUCAAGGCCAACUCUGCGCUAAUGAAAUGUAGCGGCGGAGAUAAAUGUGGCCACCGACGGAGAUCGGUGUCUCCUGUUGUUUUCACGGUUGAGGAACUCAAGACUCGUAAACGAGUGGCGGCCGGCCGUGGUGGCGCCGGUGGAAGAAAAAAGUUCGCGGCGAACUUGAUGGCGAUUCCCGAGUGAGGGUCAGUUUUGGAAAAUGCGAUGGGCUUGUUGUGUAAAUAACGGGAAAAUAGGGGCUUCGUGGUUUAGGCUUUUUUGAUUUGUUUUUUCUUUUAAAGAAAAAAUGAAAAAAAAAAAAAGACAAAAACAAAAACAAAACAAUUGGACAUUUGGACCUGUUUAUUACUAUUUUAAAAGUAGCACUUAGCAUAGGGCAUUCCACAAAUGAAAAAGAUAAAUGAAGAAUUAGUUUUUCUCAUCCAUCUUUGAUGAGACUUCACAUUUUGAUGA